AACAUGCUCAAGGCGGAAGUCGCUCGUUGUUGGUCUUCCGGUCUUGUAAACCAGCAUGGCGAACUUAGAGCAUGCUGAGGUCGAUCCAAAACAUGCCAACAUGUCUGGGGAGGUCCCCGCCGUCUGCGACCAGGUCCGACCGACAGAACCGGACAGAGACGCGGUCCCGUGUUCGAUCCCGUCGUUCGCCCUCGCGUCCGAGCUGCUGUCUGCCCCGUACUCGUGUCUGGUCAUGGACACGCACCGCAGACACGUCGCGCUGCCGCCCAUGUACCUGCAGAAGAAGAGGACGGGUAUCCGGGGCGAGCUGGAGGCCGAGCUGCUCAAGUUCUCCCAGAGUCUGAACGGAGUCCCUUUAGCUUACGACAAUAUCAGGAUAGUGGGGCAGCACGGAGAUAUCAAUGACGACAGCAGCUACAUCCACAUGGACAUAGAGGCCAACUUUAUCGUGUUUCAACCUGAAAAAGGACAGAAAUUGCUGGGUAAGGUCAAUAAACUCGGUGUAAGCCAUGUUGGCUGCCUGGUACACGGCUGUUUCAACGCCAGCAUUCCCAAGCCAAACCUGGUCUCUAUGGAAACCUGGAUGGAUGCUGGGCCGAGGAUCGGAGCUGAUCUGGAGUUUGAAGUGACUGCACUCGAUGCUGAUAAUGUGGGGGUGCUGUUGAUCAGAGGGCGGCUGGGCAGAACCCGGGUCCAAGAGCUGAUGGCCUUGGGUGAGAGCUCAGAGUCGGGCAUCCCUGCAGACCAGCCAGACACAGCAGACACAGAACCAAACCCUGAAACCACAGAGGCAUCUCCUGAAGACACCCCCAAGAAAAAGAAGAAAAAGAAAAAAGACAAAGUCAAAGAAGAGGAGACGGAAGACGAGGUGACACCCUCCUGCCAACAGGACAUUGUCACACCACCAGAGCUUAACGGAACGACAGAUGAGGCAAACGGUAACGAAGCGGGUGAAAAAAAGAAAAAGAAAAAGAAGAAGGAAAAACGUCUGAAGGAAGAAGAGGAGGAGGGAGUUGAGCUCUCUCCCAUGUACGUGCACGGGAGCGAUUCCAGCGGCUACAUCAGUGAUAAGCCAAGCAAAAAGAGGAAACAUGAAACUGGUAGUGAGGUAACAUCAGUAUUUAGUGAAGUACCUGAACCACCAAAAUCAAAAAAGAAGAGGAAAAACAACAUUGAACAGUUAAGAAUCUGAAAACACAUUGUGUUCUGUUCGGAAACCAGGUGCAAAAAAACAUCUGUUGAUGCUGAUCAUGUUAAUGACAGUGGAAUAUACUGAUGUGCCUUAUAGUGGGCAGGAUUUCUGCAGCAUGAUGGGUUCUUCUCUAAAAUGUAUACCAUAGGGUCAGGCUGGUAGUCUGGAGUAUUCUACAGCUUCAUUUUGUAACUUGUGCAAAGGCACUGCCAACCCUUUUUGGGUUGUGAUUCUUGUCUGCCGCCUGAUGGGGGCGCAAAACUGCUUCCUUCACCCACACCGUGACACAAACCCAGAAGUGAAACCUUCAACCCUCAGGCAUCAUCUGGUGUGCAACAAGAGCAGGUUUUUUCCAAAUGGACGAUAAGAAACUGAAGCAUGACAACCAAGACACAAACCAAACUCAAUUCAAGAAGUUUGUUGUCUUUGACUCUUGUAUCACUGUCUUUAUGAAAGCUGCUAGAAGAGGAAAUAACAUUUUACAGCCCAUUGUUAUUAAUAUUCACUCUGAAUCACAGUUUGCAUCUUACACUGCAAUAAUGAAUCAUAUCCAGUGCUGCACCAGGUCCAUAAGUAUAGCAUGGGCUGGUAUGACAUGGUGUGUUGUCUUUAUUUUGACAGAACCAGAAAAAAUGGAAAUUAAAUAUUACAUUUUCUUCCAAAUUAAAGAUCCCUAUAUUUUGA